GUCACUACUCGAGGAGAGGCCCACUUAGAACUAAAUGCCUUUAGGAGGAAGCAUGACUGUGCCUUGGUGAUAUCUGGGGACUCACUUGAGGUUUGUCUGAAGUAUUAUGAGCAUGAAUUUGUAGAGUUGGCUUGUCAGUGUCCUGCUGUAGUGUGCUGCCGGUGUUCUCCCACCCAAAAAGCUCAUAUUGUGAAACUGUUACAGCACCACACUGGAAAACGCACGUGUGCAAUAGGUGAUGGAGGAAAUGAUGUCAGCAUGAUCCAAGCAGCAGACUGUGGAAUUGGAAUUGAAGGCAAGGAGGGAAAACAAGCUUCCCUAGCAGCUGACUUUUCUAUUACACAGUUUAAACACAUAGGUAGGCUGCUGAUGGUACACGGUCGAAACAGUUACAAAAGAUCAGCAGCACUUGGUCAAUUUGUCAUGCACCGAGGCCUUAUUAUUUCAACUAUGCAGGCUGUAUUUUCAUCAGUCUUCUAUUUUGCAUCUGUUCCCUUGUACCAAGGUUUCCUAAUGGUAGGGUAUGCAACCAUAUAUACUAUGUUUCCAGUCUUCUCUCUAGUAUUGGAUCAGGAUGUGAAGCCAGAAAUGGCAUUGCUGUAUCCAGAACUUUAUAAGGACCUCACAAAGGGAAGAUCUUUGUCAUUUAAGACCUUCCUCAUCUGGGUUUUAAUCAGUAUUUACCAAGGUGGUAUUCUGAUGUAUGGAGCCCUGCUGCUUUUUGAAUCUGAAUUUGUACAUGUCGUUGCCAUUUCCUUCACUGCCCUAAUCUUGACUGAGCUCUUGAUGGUUGCACUGACCAUACGAACGUGGCACUGGUUAAUGGUGGUGGCUGAAUUCCUCAGUCUUGGCUGCUAUGUGGCCUCUCUUGCAUUUCUAAAUGAAUACUUUGGUAUAGGCAGAGUGUCUUUUGGAGCUUUCUUAGAUGUUGCCUUUAUCACAACUGUGACCUUCCUGUGGAAAGUGUCAGCAAUCACUGUUGUAAGCUGUCUUCCACUUUACAUUCUCAAGUACUUGAAGCGCAAAUUUUCUCCUCCAAGUUACUCCAAGCUUACCUCGUAAAAGUAAUUAUAUUCCUAUAGUUUUUCACUCACACCAGUCUGCAAAUUGCACAUUCACUGUGCUUUAGUGUCUAUGGAUUUAUGUUGGACUAAAGAAAUUUACAAAAAAAAAAUCAAAAGUGAUAGAGUGAAUAGAGCACAAAAAGAGGAGGAAACAUCUGACAGGUACAAUAACACAGAAUUACACUAACAGGACUAUCAGAGAUAAACUAAAUUUUCUUCAUGUUGAUUUUUUUACUUUCAGUUGCUAUGAUUAUAAAAUAAAACUGAAUUAACUUUGAUUUGACAAUGCUUCUCAAUGGUUUCAUUGCUACUGUGAAGGAUUUCUUUGCUACUGUAAGGAUUUUUUUCCUACUGUACUAAUCUUCUGCAAGUUGAAUUGAAAGUUUUGUUAUUUGUUACAUAACUUCCAUUCUUUAAUUAUUACAUAACUUCCUAAUUCAAGUGCUUUCCUUUAAUGUUUAUAGAUGGAAA